GGAGGACGACGACGGGGUAAGCGUUAACCCGGGGAGGGCGGGAGGGAGUACCACGAACUGGACUGGCGGGUUGACAGUUAAAAGGGUAACUUCCCUAAAUCCUUCUGCUGUCUUCUAAUCUCGCGAGAGCGCUCCCUUCCCUCUCAGAGACUCUGGGCACACGUGCAUUCGCGAGGCUACAAACGAGAGCUGUUCCGUUAACGCCAGUAGGUAUUCCAAGGCCCGGUACAGUAGCGAGGGAGGGGAGGGGAGGGGAGGGGGAAAGGGUAAAUGCGCAUCCGGGUAGCGCCCUCUCGUUCCUCUUAUUCGUGUCCAGCGGCAGCAGAGGUAGCAUCUGUUACGUUAAGAGGGAUGCGAGGGACAUAAACAACGGGUAGUAGACAGAGAGGGAGGGAGAGAGAGAGAGAGAGGGAGGGAGGCGCAGGCAGGUGACAGACGGUAGACCAAACCUCGGGGAGCUCCGGUCCACGAUGGUGAGGAGGUGGUGGUCGUAAUUCUCGUGAAAACACGCGACGAGACAGUCGGACGGACAGACGGACGAGCAGAGGACGAGGAUUCCGAGUUGGUUUAUGGGGGAUGAGAUCGGGGCCUGGAGGGGGCAGGGUGGUGGUGAUCAGGUGAGAAAGCGCGAGUCGCGAGGAAUUAUUCGAGUCUAGCGGCGAGGGAAUUGGUAGCGAAUCUCGUAAGGACGGUGGAGGCCGGGCGCGAGGCAGUGGGUGCGGAGCAGAAGGAGUUGUAGGUUGUGCAGAGGGCGAGGGAGGGAGGGAGGGAGCGAGGGAGGAAGCGGGCGAGUUCUGGCAGUGGCGCUGGGGCUCAUCGCUUCCUCGUUGGGAUUUUUUUUAUUUGAUUUUUUAUUUUUUAUUUUGAAAUAUGGACGACUGAUGUAAAGGUAUGAGUAGUCGAGGAUUGGACCUGGCGGGCUGAUCCCUCACUGGAACCGUCUGGUGAAGUUUUUGCGGACAUUUUUAGCAGUGUAUAUCGUAGCAGGGCAGCUCGGCCAGAGUUGGGAUGGUCUGGGUCUCGUAAGAAGCGAGGAUGGGAAGCAGUGGCGGCGUCGAGAUUGGAUUUUCGACGACGCGUUUCACUUUCGGUUGUCAGGUGAAAUGGUAGCAUAAGGACUACACUGUUAACAAUCAUCAAAACUCUGCGAGCUGUGGGAAUUACUAUCAGAACAAUUCAAGUUAACAAGGACUGUCACAAUCGGCAAACAUGCCUCCAUACGUCGCCCGCGAAGCGUCCAAGGUCCCAUUUUACAAAACUUUCUAUGAGAUAUACCGGAGGAUAGUCAUGGAGACAAUUGUAGAAUGGCCCCUCCUUCUAGAAAAGUGGAGAUUUCUUCUGUUUGGAUUGGUCUUCCAGUAUUUUCAUGGAGUGGCAGCGCGAAUUGCCCACUAUCUCCAUCGACCUGGACCUAUACUGCACGAUUUAGGAUUUGACCUCCUCCCCGAGCUUGGACCUGAAAAAGCUUGGAUUAGUGAGACUGUGUUUACAUUCAUAUUCACCACUUUUGUUUUGUGGACAUUCCACCCUUUUGUGUUCAACAACAAGCGCUUUUACACCGUCUAUUUGUGGUACAGAGUACUUGCAAUGCUAGUGAUUGCUCAAACUAUGAGAAUAGUAUCCUUUCUUGUUACGCAACUCCCGGGCCCGAACUAUCAUUGUCGUGAGGGAUCCGCUGCCGCAACUCUUGAUCCUCCUAAGCACAUUAGUGAAGUCCUCCUUCUCAAUUUUCCAUAUGGUGUGAUUUAUGGAUGCGGGGAUCUGAUCUUUUCCUCACAUAUGACGUUUGCACUUACGUUUGUUCACACCUAUGCAAGAUACGGCAGCAAGACGUGGAUUAAAAGAGCAGCUUGGGUUCUUGUAGUCGUACAAAGCUUACUCAUUGUAGCUUCGCGGAAACACUACACAGUUGAUGUUGUCAUCGCUUGGUUUGUCGUUAUUUUACUGUUCAAUUAUGUCGGACGGAAGUUUUACGACCCAGAGUUGAUGGACCGGUCUCCUUUAAGGGAUCAAAUACUACCAAUGAAUAGAAAGGAUGGUCGCAACAAGGAUGAAAUGCAAAAGAUGGUUAAUGGCAACUCAGGGUAUGCUGGUGGUGACGGGAGACAAAGAACGCCGACUAAUGGAAAAAUACUAGAUGACGAACGAAGUCCCAAGACACUAGAAGUGCUUGUCAACGGAAGCCUCUGAGAACCCAUGGCACACUUGAUUGGAACUUCCCACCUUCCAUCGUCGUUCAAGGGUUGAGUAAUCUGCCUCUGUUUGUACUUAGAAGUUACGCUGACUGAUGCGCUUAUGCUCAGGGGCUGGUGCAAGGUAACAGACGUGAGGCCUGUCGGAGGUUUGAGAAGGAAUAUGCUUCUUACAAUACUCGAAGUCAUACCCUUGGGCCUUGUGGCUUCCUCUGAGAGUGCUAGCGAAGCCACCCAAAGAUUGAAUAUGGUUUUGUAGCCUGCUCUGCAAGUCUGGCCGACUCCGAUGAUUCUCUCAUUAGUGUUCUGCGCUGUGGAGAGCUGGUAACUAUGAGAUGUAACUACGGAAGCUUCAUUCAUUGCGAGGGAAGAGGUGUCAGUGAGCCAUUGCAAGCAUGAGUAUGGCGUCGGAAGUUCGUUCCUGUGUUGCUUUUCUGUGGUUGACAUGUUGGCAUCCCAAGCCUAUCUGGAUCUUUGCACAAUUUGUCUCUCCUAUCCAACCCGGAUGUGCCUGGAACCUUUAGUCCACAAGGUACGCCCUCGAGAGUGUGUAACAGACCUGGUUCAAAAUCUUCAGUAAAAUUGAUGACAAGAUUCUCAGUGCACAUUCAUGCCGUUACGGGACUACCACCACUACCACUGAAUUGAGGCCCUUCGAAUUUCUUGUACAUUACAUCUUACGAUUUUCUAUUCGAUCGAGUAAAGCUGUUCACAUAAUCUAUAUCUGCAGCAGUUGGGCCCCGGCUUGGCAUCAAGGGUCCCUCAAAGAAAAAACUGUUAAAUUAGUUCUGUACUUUUGUCUAUAGCUUCAACCGUAAGUAACCAUCCUUGUUACGGAAGAAUUUUGGUAGCGGGCUUCUGGCAAGACACAAUUGUAAAUGCUCCUCGUUUGUGUCGGAAGUAAGUUCUAGGUAACUGCCUCGGCAAGUCGAACUGUAUGUUACCACCGAUCAUGUUUUUAAAAUCUAAGCAAUUUGUAAAUCAAAUCAA